AGUAAUCACAAAGGGCCAUCCCUACUCCUUGAGCGAUUCCUUGAUCUACCUCUUUGCUCUUGCCCCUUACUUACUGUGAGUGUGAAAGCAUGCUGUGGCUUAUUUGUGCAUAUGAUUACAGAGCCGCUGUCACUGCCAAGGGGAAAGAGUCGCGGCGGGUGGUCAGUGCACGUGAAUCCCCUUGGCCUUCCACGGCCCUUGACAACAACCGAACUUCUAGACUUGGUCACUUGAGGCUCCCGACUCAUCACACGCAGAUCCCAUGGCUCAAGAUGAGGGCGAUGCAACGCAAUUUGAAGAGGAUGAUCAUAGGGCAGCAUUCAUCUUCAACCCCAAAGCAGAUGGCGACAGUGCAGCGCAGAGUACGCGCCCUGCAAAGAGACGCAAGGUGGCCAAACCAGAUGCUCGCAAACCGCAGCAUACCUCCGCAGUAGAGCCUGUAUUUCCGCAACUCUUCAACGGCGCCGAGAGCGCCGCUGCUUCGAAGUUGCGGAAAGAGCUCUUCGAGACAGCAUGGCCUGUUCUCGAGAACCGCAUCCAGCAAGUCCUGAGAGAAGCCAACCGGAACACGCUCGACGAAGUCACUUCCUUCUUGCACGAGGCUGCCGAGGCGGAAACCGGCAAAAUCACCGCAGGGUUCAUCAUCACGGGUCCAAGUAUCGCCUCCCAAGAUCUACUGUUCGAGCAGCUCGCUGAGCGGCUCUCCGCGGCUUCGCAGCCAAGGUUUGUCCGGCUGCGUGCCUCGGAAGCGCCCAACCUCAAGGCGGCGUUGAAGAAGAUCAUCCAGGAUGCAACGGCAAGGGCAUCCGAUGGCGUGGAUGAUGUGAACGCGGAAGUCAGUCAAUGCGGGAGGAAAUAUCUUAACUACGACCUUGAAGCCUUGCACGCUUUUCUCCAACAACAGCAGCAGCAACAGCAGCAUCGGCAUCGGCAGCAUUCGCGGCGGGUUGUUGUUGCCUUCCAGGACAGCGAGGCGUUCGAAAGCGCCUUGUUGACGGAUUUGAUCACGCUUUUCCAUUCAUGGCGUGACCGUAUCCAGUUUGACGUUCUGUUCGGCAUCGCCACUUCGGUCGAACUGUUCGAGGCAAGACUGCUCAAAUCAACCGCCCGCCAGCUGUACGGCGCCCAGUUUGACGUCGUGCAAGCCAACUCGGUCCUCGAAAGCGUCAUUAAGAGCGCCGUCGCUGGGACCCACGCCACCUUGAGAAUUGGGCCCUCGCUUCUUCAGAGUCUGGCGGAGCGCCAGCAGGACCAAGUGGCAGGCAUCCAUGUGUUCAUCAGUUCGCUGAAGUACGCGUACAUGUGCCAGUUUUAUGCGAACCCGCUCAGCGUACUGCUCGCUGCCGACAGCGGCGGAUUGGACCGCACGCUGUUGCAGCCAGAGCACAUCGAGGCUGUCCGGACUCUCGACUCCUUCAAAGCCCAAGUUGAAGCCGCCUUUCAGGCGAGGCAGUUGAACCAUGCGCAGUCUCUGAUCGAAGACGACGAAUAUCUCGUUGCGCAGAUCAUGCAGCAGGGGCAGAAGCGGCAUGAGUAUCUCCUCGGCCUCCUCCGUGCAUUGUACUUGGUGACAUGCACCGGCCUGGACACCGGUUCCUUUACAGAACUCUACAUAUUAGCCUUGAGCAGCGGCAUCGACAUCGACCAGUCGUCAGGGACUGUUCCUUUGGAAGACGCGGUAAAACGGCUGAGUCCGGGCGAGUUUCUGACAUUGGUAGACCGCCUGUCGGGCGCUAUCCAAACCGGCAGCCCGGAACUCGGCCUAGAAGGAUGGGAGUCGGACGCGGAGGAAUUUGUGAGCUCCCUGGCAGACCUCCGAGACGAAGUCGAAGGCCUCGUCGAACGGUCCAAGAGCAACGGCACGGCUCUCAAGAGCAAAUACAGCGCUCAGAGCAAGGUGCUACGCACGACCAUCGUGUCGCAGAAGGUCCAGCUCAGCCAGGACACAGCGACGCUAACCGAAGAGGACAAAGCCUUCACCAACGCUAUUGACACUUUGUUGGGUCUUUUGUCACAGAACCUGCAUUGUGACCCGAUGGACAAUCUCUUUCUUCACGAAGUCUGGGUCUUCGACUCGAAGUCGCCGUACCGCGACGUCUUUAUUCCCCGCCCGGGGGCCACCUUCGCGCGCGCCCUCUCCCGUCCGCACGACUAUCUCGCCUGUGCCUGUUGUGCCAAGACCAACGGAGGACUUGCCUCGACGCUGCCCACGACAGCCAUACUGUACCAUCUCUAUCUCGAGGCGGGCGCGCUUGUGAAUGUGGCCGACCUGUGGUCCGCCUACUACGCGCUCGUCGGAGAAGAGACCGACAUCGGGCUCGAUGAGCGGUCUGCGCUGGUCUGCUUCUACCGCGGCCUGGCGGAGCUCAGGAUGAUGGGCUUUGUGAAGCAGAGCAGAAAGAAGGCGGAUCACAUUGCCAAGCUGAAGUGGCUCUGACUGGCCAGCCGCCUUCGGAAGAGCUCUAUCCGGCGGGGAGAAUGCAUUGUUGUGGCAUUCCGGGUGGCCGGGAGUCUCUUUGGAAUGCUCUUGUUGAUGGACUAGACAAUGUCUCAGUUGUUUCUGAGAGCGGUCAAAGAGGGUGGGAGUUAAAGGUGUCUCACUGCCCAAAGAUAGCAGCUGUGUGGGAUAAAGGCAGGGACGAUUACAAAGAUGCCCGACCUUGGGUAAAGCGCUUGCUUCCGAACGGUUCGGUUUCUUCUCGUGAACACUUACAAGAGCACGACGCAUCCUGUGGAAGUUGGGCCGGUUCUGUUGCUCAGCAUUCCA